AUGGAAAAAAUGAAUAUAUAAUUAGUUAAGCUAUCUGAAUGUUUAAGUAAAUAAGAUUAAUAAUACAUAAAAUAAAACUUAUAAAUGGUUAAGGAAUGGUAUCAAUACUUCAAUAAUUAAGAGGAGAUCAUUAAGUAGAAUUAAAUUGGUAUCUUUCUUUGAUAUAAAAUUUAUAGGAACUUAUUUAUUUAAUGUAAAAAGAAUGAUAAAAGCUUUGAAUUUAGAAGAAUAGUAACAAUGUUCAUAAUCAAAAAUUUUACAAUAAGGCCAAGAAAAUAAACUUUAGGAAGGUACUCUAUUUAAUAAUAAUCAAUUAGGAAUCCAAUUAGAAUAUUUAAAAAAAAAUAGAAUUGUAUUCUAAAUCUGUAGUAAUGGAAAUAGACCUAUGAAUUAUUCUGAGAAAUGUUAAAAUAAUCAUAAAAAAAUCAUCUUUUGAUACAUUCAUUUAAUGUAAGUUAAUAUAUUUUAUAAUAAUAUUUUUAGGUAUUUCUCUAUUUGAAAUGAAUCAACCAGGCUAAGGAUUCAUUUUGAGAGAAUAAGCUAAAAAGAUUAAUAGUAACCUAUAUACAGAUUUAUUUGAUUAAGAAUCCAAGAAAUAAUUUUAUGAGAAUUGCAAAAAGUUUUUGAUAUUAAAUACAUCCUUAAGGUUAUGCAUUUAAAUAAUGAAAAGAAAUACUAGCAAGCCAUAGAAUAAUGUGAAAAAGUAUUAAAUGAGGAACCAAAACAUCUUCAUGCAUUGUAUAGAAAAAGUAAUCAUUUUUAAUUAAAAUAUGUUUCUCUUUAAAAGUUUAGAACUAAAAUACAUUAGCUAUAGAAUGUAUAGAUAAAGCUCUCUAAUACAAUCCAAAUUAUUGUCUUGGUCAUUUUUAGAAGGUAAUUUUUAUGUUAUAAUUAUUAGGGUCUUCGUUAAAAAUAAAGAUGAUAAGAACAUUAUAUAUAGGGUAAAUAUAGUUAAACAAUUAGUUGCUUUGAUAAGGCUAUUGAAUUAGAUCCUAAUUUUGCAAUAGUCUAUAUUAAUAAAGCUUUAUUUUAAAUUUCAUUUAAAUAGGUAAUUCAUUAAAUAAUCUUAAAAAUUAAAUUGAAGCAAUUACUUAUUUAGAUAAGGCUAUUCAAUUGGAUCCUAAUUAUGCCAUAGCUUAUAAUAAUAAAGUUUAAUCUUAAAUUUCAGUUUAAUAGGUGUUUCAUUAUAUCGUAUACAAUUAAUUUUUUAGUUAGAAAAUCUCAAUCAAAAGCUUUAUAAAAGUACAGCAAUUCAAUAAUGAUUGAAUUAGUAUAGAGUUAACCUUAUAAGAAUAAAGGUAAUUUUAAAUAAUAUUAAAAGGGGAUUUAUGAUAAAUUAUAAUACGGAACUGAUUGAAGGUAACAUAGAUGAAGAAAUAUAAAGAAGCUAUUGAAACCUAUUAGAAAGCAAUUAAGAAUUGUAAAACCAAUCAGAAUGAAUUGUUAAGACUGCUUGAGGAAGUCAAAAAUAAAAAG